GACUGGCUGCAAUAAGACAUUCCUAACAUAGAGUAAGCUUUAUAAAAAACAAUCGCCGUACUUAAGUAGGUCCUAACUGAAGAGACCACUCAUCGCCGCUAUUGCUACACUCAGCCUAGUUUGCUGACGACGACGGAAGAAGGACACGAAACGCACUCUUAAAGUGAUAUAUACUGGUGUAUUUUGUUACAAGAUGAUAUGGUGACAGGCAGCCAUUAACAGCGAAGAUAAACAGUUAGUAUUCGAUCUAAACGUUGUGUUGUGGCAAUGUUUUAAGCAACGCUAACAGUAUUUCGACAAAAAAAAAAAAACAGAAAAAAACGUGCGAUGGAACCAAAUACCGUUACUAAUUGACGCAAGAAAAACCACCGACGCACGCAUUUGGUUGGACAACAAACUACUGCAAGAGAUUACCCUUUUUCUUCAUUAAUAACAAAAGUAUCCUCGACAACAAGGUUUGUGUUCAACUAGCACGUAAAGGACUGUAUUACAAAGAAAGCCUUAUCGCUUCAGGGUUUUCAAGAGACGGGGGUCAUUUAGUGGCUGCAUUAACGGAGACAGAUUUUGUGAAACAACGCUUUAUAAGAAAUCUUGAUUCUCGAAAGAGAUCAGCAAUAGUUUUCAACUUACGGAAGCCGAGUAUGUAUUAAUGAACCAUACUUUGUACGAAACGGUUGAGUAAUGUCGAACUUAUCAGCGAAUAUUUCCACUAAUACGACUCUUGGAUGGCCACCUUACGUGCACGAACCGCACUUACUCAGGAUUAUACGGCUUAUUUUUGUUUCUUUGCUGGCCAUACUUGGUCUCCUUGGAAACCUAUGGGUUGCUAUUAAAGUAUCUAAGCGACGCUCACCACUGUCGUCGUAUAUUUGCAAUUUAGCAGUAGCUGAUAUGGGGGUAUUGGCGCUAAGCUUUCCUAUUGCUAUUAUUAAGGAGCAAAUGCCUACCAAUUGGCCUUUAGGGUCGUUUUUCUGUCAGUAUUUGUACCCGUUGACAGAGGUAUUUCAUGGAGCAUCGAUAUGGAGCAUUGCGGCCAUUGCAGCAGAAAGAUAUCAUGGAAUGAAGAUAAGAACUCCCAGUAAAAACAAUGGCAAACGAACACAUGUUUGGUACAUUCUGGCAGUGAUCUGGUUUUCUUCCUUCACUUUUACCUCGCUGCCAUUAUUCUUUUUUGUUAAAUACCAGAAAGUUGACCAGGGUAAAUUCUGCAUUGUUGUCUGGCCUAAGAGUAUGCAGGUGGUGUAUGCUGUUAUCUUAUCGUUGCUAUGGUACUUAUUACCGCUGACAGUUGUACUGUUUACAUACAUCUACAUCUCAAGCUUGUUACGUAGUAGUACAACGUUUCACCGUCAAAGCUUAAAACAUCUCAAGCACACUCCUCUGAGUUUUCGCUUAAGUGCAACAGAAACACGCAGAAUGAAGGAAAAUAAGCGAGCACUGAAGAUUUUGACUCCUAUGGUGUUGGUAUUUACCAUAACAAUGCUACCACUGAAUACUCUAAGAGUUGUCCUUUCACUUCGACCUGAGUUAACUAUGUGGAAGUACUUCCUGGUUGUGUAUAACCUGUCAGUAAUUGCUAUUACAGUGAAUAGUGCUGCUGAUCCUUUGAUUUAUUUUAUCGUUACAAACAAUUUCCUGCCUAACUCUUUUUGUCAGGUUUUUAAAUGGUUAAAAUGUUUUCGAGAUGUGGACACACGAUCACAAGUUUUACAGCGAAGAAAAAAUUGCAUGGAAACCAUGCAGUUACAGAGGUUUGACACUAGAGACUAGCUACCUCUAGAUAUGUACCGUAUAUUACAUCCUACCUCUAGAUAUGUACCGUAUAUUACAUACCUACCUCUAGAGACUAGCUACCUCUAGAUAUGUACCGUAUAUUACAUACCUACCUCUAGAUAUGUACCGUAUAUUACAUACCUACCUCUAGAUAUGUACCGUAUAUUACAUAUUAAAUCAUUGAUAUUAUUGCCG